CAGAACAAAAAACCAGACUCUACAAGCAGUUUCUGAGACAGAUACGUUUUCUGUUCAUCACAGCAAGCGCCUUUUUCUCGUGAUAUCAUAGAAAAAGCUCAAACUGAGGUAUUUUUCCGCUUCCCCUGCUCCUCUGGCGUUUGGUGGCAUUGCUAAGAGGCUGAGGAUAAAAUAAACUGGUUAUCCCAGAGUCAUGGAAUACGUGGAACCAAAGCUCAAACAUGCUCCUUAUUAUCGUUGUGAAGCGGGGCAAGACUGGGUCCCCGUGUGCCGGAAGUGUGAAACUUGCGUCUUAGCGUGGAAGUUCUUUUCUACCAAAGAAUGGUUCCUGAGGGUCAGCGAGAAGUCCCAGACGAGGUUUCUAGUUAGCAUCCUGGGACAGUUAAAUAACUUGCAUUUAUUGCAGUAUUUCAAACACAUUCUGCAGACCACCCAGGGGAAGGAUUUCAUCUAUCACAGAUCCAGAAUCGACCUCAGCAGGCAGGACAGGAGGGUGGUGAAGUUCUUCCUGAAUCAGAUGCUGGAUAAAACCGUGGAACGGAAGAUGAAGGAGAUCCUGUACUGGUUUGCCAACAGCUCUUACCGGACUAAGGCGAAUUACACUCUCUGGCUGCUGCAGAUGUGCAAGCCCAAGUUACUGUUUACUGCUGCCAAUGUGGUCGAGGUCCUGACUAUGAGAGAGUCGAGCCACAUGUCAGGGCUGCCUCGCAACGCUGCUGAUGCGCUGUUUUUCCCUGAGAAAAACUACAACACCACAUCUGAGCCCUCUAAUGUCUAUCGGGCAGCUAAACCCAAGAUCUUGUCAUUUCCUUUGUCCAGAGAGUCCAAAGAUAAAGAUGGGGCUGAAACUGUGGAGGGACAUGCAACCCAUACUGAAGAACAAGGGAAGAGUUCACUCCAGUGUAUUUCAGAGAUGAAAAAGAUGUUUUCUGGAAAAGCAGGCAUUUCCAGGCUAGAGAAGGAUCCGUGCAACUUGCUGAUGAGGCUGGAGGAUGUCCAAGCUCUGUCUUCUGGGUUCAGCAAAUACCGGGACUUUAUCCGUUACCUGCCCCUCCACCUCUCCAAGUACAUCCUAAGAAUGCUGGAUAAGAACAGCCUGAGCAAGUGUGUCUUUGUGAGCCGUCACUGGGCUGCUCUGGUCCAGCAGGUCAGGAUGGACUUGUCAAUGCAGUCCUUGCUCCAGAACCAGAUUUCCUCCGUGCAGGGGUCCUACACAAAGGGUGUAGAUCCUAAUUAUGCCUGCAAGAUCUCUGUCCCAGUUCCUAAAAUAGUAGAGGAUGGGAAGCGAACACGUUCUAAAAGUCAGAAGUGGAAACUGAGGGCAAAGUCUGACUAUAACCUGUGGACUGCAUACCAGAACCAGGAAACCCAGCAGGUGCAGAUGGAAGAGAGAAAUGUUUACUGUGGCACCUACAAUAUCUGCAUUCUCUCUGACACGUGGGACCAAAACAGAAUCAUCCACUAUGCCGGGGGAGAUCUGGUAGCUGUGUCAUUGAAUCGGAAGAUCCACCUGCUGGACAUCUCACAAUGCAAGGAGACACCCAUUGAGUUCCAAGGCCAUGCCGGCAGCAUCAAGGCUCUCUUCUUGUGUGAAGAGGAAAACAUCCUUCUCAGUGGGAGCUUUGACUUAAGCAUCAGAUGCUGGGAUCUGAAAAGUGGAGCUUGCCUCCGGAUGUUGUAUGGCCACCAGGGGGCAGUUACUUGCAUUGAUUUAUAUAAGAACAGGCUUGCAUCUGGAGCAAAAGAUGGCCAGGUGAAAGAAUGGGACAUAGACACGGGAAAGUGCCUGAAGACCUUUAAACACAAAGACCCCGUCUUGGCCAUCAGGAUCAGUGACACUUACAUUGUGAGCAGCUGUGAGCGAGGGCUGGUCAAAGUGUGGCAUGUUGUCACAGGCCAGAUGGUAAAGACUCUCAUGGGGCACGAGGGAGCCGUGAAGUGUCUGUUCUUUGACCAAUGGCACCUCGUCUCAGGAGGUGAUGAUGGCUUGGUCAUGGCUUGGAGCAUGGUGGGAAAGUAUGAGCGGUGCCUGAUGGCCUUCAAGCAUCCAAAGGAGGUGCUCCAAGUGUCCCUUCUCUAUCUCCGGGUCAUCAGUGCCUGUGGCGAUGGCAAGAUCCGAAUUUACAAUUUCCUCAAUGGCAACUGCCUGAAGGUGAUCAGAGUCGACGCCAGAGGCAACCCAGUGCUGUCCUUCUUUUACCGGGGCAACAGGAUGGUGGUCAACACAGAGAGCAAUAUUAUCAUGUUCCAGUUUGAGAAUGUCAAGUGGCAGUACUCCACGGACAAAAGUAAAGCCAAGAAGACUAAGGACAAAGAGGAGGAAAAGGAAGAAGCUAUGUUGACAGAGGCAACUGAAAACCAAGGAAAACCAAGGUCAUACCAGAAGGAUGGAAAGAUGACGCCUGGUCCUAUUUAUGGGGAAGUAAAGGGCAUGGAUGCUGGGCAAGAGGAUUUGGAAGCCAAGUUGGAGGCUGCAGCAGAUGGUGUGGAAACUCCUAAACGAGUAAUCCACCAUCCAAAGAGAAAGUCUUGGAGAGUCCCUAUAUCACCUGACCAGUUUCUUCUGACUGUGAAUGCCCUGCAACAAGCCCAUCGUAGCGAGGAGUUUGCCUAUCCACACAGGCCCCCUACCCAAGUUGUUGAUGCCUGGGGACCUUCAAUUUCAUACCCAAGGAAGGUCUUAACUUUCAAAGGAAAAUCAAUCCAGCAUGCAGUGGAUCAGCUGCGACUCAGCAAUCCUCUCAUGGGUGUGAAGAAAACCAGUAUUCCCCUUGAAAUCCACAAGUUGCAGCCCAACUUGCGAAAAUCUUUACACAGUCCCAGUGUCCAAUCCACUAUACCCCAGCCCAUGCUCAUCCGCUCUAGGUUCUCUGGGACAGUAAGGGGUGGAGACCAUUUGACCAGUUCAAUUGGUGGGGUAUUGCACAGUCCAGGCCCUCUGACCAGUAUGCAGGUUAUUAAACCCAAUCGCAUGCUGGCUCCACAAGCAGGCCCAAUCACCCCGUCUCUCAAGAAAGAGCGGUAUCCUUUCUACACAACCCUUGAUCCUCUUCGAAUGAAUACUGAGUUCAUGCUGUUGACUGUGAAGGAGGAGAAAGAGUAUGGACAAGCCAAGAUGAGAGCCUACCAGGCCAAUGAGUCCACCAGAGCCACUGACCCAGGUAGAGCCAGCAAGGCUGCAUGGAUCCGCAAGAUCAAAGGUCUGCCUAUUGAUAAUUUCAUGAAGCAAGGGAAAAUAGCAGCCCCGGAACUUGGACAAAAUGUGUUUAUCUAAACCAGGCUUGGGAAAUUACAGUGCCAUUACAGUAAACAGAAAACUGGU